UGCACUUCAAAAGAAUUAGGACUCACUUGGCACACCUCAAAUAGUUAUAGGACCGGCGGUGUAUUUUACUCUGAAAGAGUAUGAGACUAGUCCUACUUGUGUAUGGUUAGCAUUCUACGGUUGUCACCCAAGGUUUAAUAAUCUUUUUUGUUGUAUCUUUCGUUCAUCAUAAAUAUUUGUAGUAGCUCCGUAUUUUUUUGUCACCAUUUAAUAAAUAAAUUCAGAUUGUUGUUCCUAAAAAGAAUAUGAUUCAGAAAAGCGAAUAAUUCUCUCGAAAGAAACUGCAAAAUAAGAAAACAGUUUAAUACAACUUCUCCUUGCCAUGUCCCGCUGAUUGCUCGUCAGAUAGCGUAGGGAUUUACUUGGUUAGUUAAUUUAAUAGAGUUUAGGCCCUUUCUGGAUCGUACGAAUUUUAGAGAAAUAAUAGAGUAUUAUAAUCCUAAGGCAUAAUUCUCAUACAUGCCGUUUGGAUCAAAGCUAGGAUUGCCUCCAAAGGACUUUCAUAGAUAAGAAAAAAAUUCUCGUGGCAAUUUUCCUUUGAAAGUUUCUGUGCAGCAUCCAAACACUUGUUUCAAACAAUUCCUAUGUUUUUAUUUCUUUAUUAUUCAACAUUCCGUAGUAUUUCAAUCCUAAGUUUCCCUAUUACCGUGUUCUUUUUAAUCCUGUGGUCCAAAGAACCCCCUUAAAGAUCUUGCGUAGUGUGCUGCCAAAUCUGUAUCAUCAAGGGAAAUAAAUAGCUCCAAUUAAAUUCCGGUGCACAGCACAGCAUCCUGCAUAUAAUUAAGCUCGAUCAUAUAUGUCCCUCUGUUAUAUGAUCUGGCGAUUGUAUAUCCGAUUAAUGCUACAGAGAUAUUUAUUCCAAGUAGUGAUCUCGUGCGAUAUAUAAUAUAAUAUGUUCCCCAUUUCUUCAGUUUAAUUUCCUAAAUUUAAAUUCCAUGCUGGAAGUCUGGAACGCAUGGCGUUUUUUUUUUAAUUAUUAUUCAAGGAGCUAGCGAGUGUGCGGAGAUAUGCUCUGAAUUAUGAAGGGGUAUUAAUAACCAUUCGGAUUUUGAUAUGCUGCCUGAUUAUAUAUUUAUUGUGGCGAACUGGCGAUAAAUGGAAUAUAUUGAUGCGUGGAGAUAGUAUAGUAGUAGUACGGCAGGUUUAUUUGUUAGGAUCAUAAGCAGAGAGGUCAGAUUAGUAGUAGUGGCGGCGCACUCUCUCCGGCCGGCCUGCAGGUCUGUCGAUCAGAGCUAUAGCUGUAGUGCUGCUUGCAUUAUCCGGCCGAUCAACCGAUCGACCGGCCGGUGCAACUGUCGUCGAUCUGUAUACAUAUAUAUAGCGAGAGGUUCAUCGAUUCUAGGACCUAAUUAAGCUACAGUAGCGAGACCAGAGAGAUCAGUUGAAUCACACGCCGGCCGGCGCGCCGUCUGGUGCAAAUUGAUCGAUCAUCAUAUCGAUGACGAAGAAGAACAUUGACGGGAGCUGCUGCGUCGUCUUCCCGCCUGCGGCCGGCGAGGAGGAGGGGGAGGAGGCAGUAGUACUGUCGAGUACGUCUCCUCCUCCUCCUCCUCCGCCUCCGGCGCCGGUCGUUGAACACCGGCAGUACUACUGCUCGUCGUCGACGAUGGCGUGGCGGAAGACGUCGGUGACGAGGGGCGGCGCCGUCGGGGUGGCGGCGGCGGUGGUCGGUGGGCUCGUGCUGAUGGCGUUGCUCGUGGGCACCACGUGGACGGCGGUGAUCCACCUCGACGACGUAGCUUCAUCUUUCCUGCCGGGCACAGGCGGCGGCAUCAGCGGCGGUCGCCAUCAUCAUCCUCCACAGCGCCGGCGGCCCCGCGCGUCACCAACAUCCACCCAGAUACCCAUCCCCUUCGACUGCGCCGCUGCUGCCGCAAACGGCACUACCUCGCUCUGCAGCCCCCGCCCACGGUCACCACCACCACCAACAUCUGCGACGGCAGAAGAAGCACACUCUCCGGCACCGCCGCCGCCGACAUGCCCGGACUACUUCCGCUACAUCCACUCGGACCUGUCCCCCUGGCGCGCCUCAGGCGGGAUCACGCUCCCCACGCUGGAGCGCGCCAUCCCGCACGCCGCGUUCCGCCUCACCGUCGUCUCCGGCCGCGCCUACGUGGAGACGUACCACCGCGCGUUCCAGACCCGGGACGUCUUCACGCAGUGGGGCAUCCUGCAGCUGCUGGCCCGCUACCCGGGCCGCGUCCCGGACCUCGACGCCAUGUUCAACCUCGAGGACAUGCCCGAGAUAUUCCGCAACGACGCCGACGGCAACCCUGCGCCGCCGCCGCCGCCCUUGUUCCGGUACUGCAAGGACGGCGGCGACUCCGUGGAGAUCCUCUUCCCGGACUGGUCCUUCUGGGGGUGGCCGGAAGUCAACAUCCGGCCCUGGGCGCCGCUCAUGGAGAACUUUGUCAGAGAGAACAGAGCGCUCCCCUGGCAGAACAGAGAGCCGUUCGCGUUCUGGAAGGGCAACCCCUACGUGUCGAACGCCCGGAAAGACCUCUUCAAGUGCAACAACGACUCCGCCGCUGGCAAGGAGUUCAACGCUAGGCUCUUCGACGUCGAUUGGCGCGCCGCCAGCCGGAACGGCUUCAAGGACGACGGCUCCACCAAUCUGGCCAAACAGUGCAAGUACAGGUACAAGAUCUACGUGCAGGGACGGUCCUGGUCAGUGAGCGAGAAGUACAUCCUGGCGUGCGACUCCCCCAUGCUCGCCAUCGACACGUCAUUCCGCGACUUCUUCUCCAGAGGGCUCGUCGCCGGGGAGCACUACUGGCCCAUCGACCCGGCUGAAAAGUGUGACGCCGUCAAGUUCGCCGUCGAUUGGGGGAACAAGCACCCGAGGGAGACGAUGCGGCUGGGGGAAGAAGGCAGCCGGUUCGCGAGGGAGGAGAUGGGCAUGGACUUUGUCUACGACUACAUGCUCCACGUGCUCACGGAGUACGCCGCGCUGCUACGGUACAAGCCGACGGUGCCGGAGAAGGCCGUGGAGCUCUGCCCGGAGGCCAUGGCGUGUGGCGCGGAAGGCCGCGAGAGGGAGUUUAUGAUGGAAUCCAGGGAGAGGCAUGUGGCGGGGUACGAGCCGUGCUCGCUGCCGCCGCCGUUCACCAAGGAGGAGACAAGAGAUAUGGACGCGAGGGAACAGGAGGUGCGGAGAAAAGUAGUCAAGAUGGAGAAGGCGGGAAGCUAGAUAGCAGCUUCAGCAUAUAUGUACAAGUCAAGUACGGAGUAGUACAAUGUUAAGGUAAUUCACCGUGCAAUCGAAUGCAAUGAAUUGAUUUAGUAGGACCAUGUUUUGUAAUUCGCGGUAGACGGGUAGAGCAGAGCAGGGUUUUUUGACAACAAGUAGAGCAGAGCAGAUGAAUAUAGACGGCGCACAUAUAUAGACCAAGUUAAACAGCCAGUUUGGGCAUUGAUAUGAAGGUCCAUUGGGCCUCCAGAACUCCAUGUUGGGCCCUUUUUUAGGCCGGUUUAUGUGCAUCCAAGCUUAUGUUAAAAAAA